UCGGGACUCCGUUAAUUUAAAAACCUAACAAACAAUUAAAUAACCUUUUCGAAUUUCCCGGCCACUCGCUUUCCGUUUCUUCCCCUCUCUGUCUUCCUUCUCCUCCUCCUCCUUCUUCCUCCAUUUAUAUCCCCUGCUUUUCCCCUUCGCCAAAUCCUCCACUUUCUCCCCUCGGAAAAUCAUGAACAUCCUACCGCUGAUACCUCUCGAUCGAUACAUAACGAUGUUUACUCAGAUUACCUGACACUGCCGCGACUCUAAACUUCUCUUUUCUCAAUCAGGUAAGAAAAGAUGAACCGAGAGAAGCAGUUUCGUUAUUCUCUCCCCUGGAUUUUGUUUUCUCCAGAAAGUUUCACUAAUUUCUCCCUCUAGUAUUAUUAUUGUUAUUCUCUGUUUCUGGAAUCGACGUCAGCAUUGGCUGCUGUUGAUUUUACUUUUUGAUUAAGAAACAAAAGUUGCGUGACUCGGAAUUCAGCCGGGAUGACUCGCCAGAUAUUAAUCCGGUCGCCGCCGGUGAAUCGGAGGCAGCCAUUGCUGUCAUUGGAGGAGACGAAUUCGACGCCAGGGAGGGCGAGAUCGCCGGCGGAGAAGAAGAAGAAGAAGAAGAAGGGGAGGAAGCUGGGAGAGAUGGCCGGAGGUGCCGCGGCGGAAUGCGCGGCGGUAUGUUGUUGCUGUCCGUGUACGGUGAUGAACCUUCUGGUUCUGGCAGUCUACCGGUUGCCUUCGGGACUGUGCAAGAAGGCAUGGAAGAAGAGAUUAAGGCAGCGGAGGAAGCGGCAGAAUGGCCUUCUGGUCGGGGAUAUGUCGCUGAGUCGAGAGAGCGGUAGCUGGCCUUCGGGAAUAGAUCUUGAGACAGAAGUGAAACGAGUGGCGGACGGAGACGGCGACGGUGCCAUCGCCGGCGUCGGCGAUUGUGAAACGGAGGCCGUUGAUUUGGACAAGGAGAUGUGGGACCGGUUCUGUGGGACCGGGUUCUGGAGGAGCCCGUCGCAAAGAGAGGAGGGUUGCUGAUUUUUGAGGGGGCAAAUUGUCAAUGUGGGGCCCACGACGGUGGUGGAAUGUAAAUGGUGUUUCUGAGGGUUGAGUGCUUGGUGGGAAAGUUCAAAGUGAAUUGUAAUUAAAAUAUCAAAAAAAAAGAAAAGGAAGUACAUAAAAUUUCUUAUUAAAUCCUUAGGGAUAAAUGAUUUAAGAGUAAAUUGUGUAAAAAUGUUUUGUAGUUUUAUUGUUUUUGUUAGCAAUCUCUCUUGACGCGUUCA